GUCAUCAAACUGCGACAAUAUUGUGCCAACAACAACAGAAACAGGGCUCGUCGUCAAGUUUGGACUACAGCGUUUCCCUCGGAGUGUUUAUUCAAGAAAGGAUCUUCUUAUUCGUGUAUCUAGAUAUUAACUAAUCUCUUUAAAGCCUGGUUAGCUUUCUGUUUCCCCUCCCUCGUCACUGCUGGAUCGUUAAAUGGCUCUGCUGAUCUAAACCAGGCCCCACAUUUCUGCCAGUGCUGAUUCUGGAGUUCUUCUGCUGCUGCCAGGAUGGGCCAGCAGCUCUCAGGUCAGGCGGUGACCCGUCUACCUGAGAAGCUGAUUAAACAUGCAGGACUGGUGCGUGACAGCGGCUACCUGACCUACGAGGAGUUUCUGGCAAGAGUGUCUGAACUUAACGACGUUACGGCCAAGCUGGCUACCGGGCAGCAGAAGCACCUGCUGUUUGAGGUGCAGCCAGGAUCCGACGCCACAGCGCUGUGGAAAGUGGCGGUCAGGGUCCUUUGUACCAAGAUCAACAAGGAGAGCGGUAUGGUGGAAGCAUCUCGCAUCAUGAACCUGUACCAGUUCAUCCAACUGUACCGUGACAUCACCAGCCAGGCUGCUGAGGUGCUGUCUGCAGAGGGCGCCACCGAGGGCCCGUCUGCCCAGCUCCCCUCCACAGAGUCCUGCCAGGCCAGCAUGUGGAUGGGCAGAGUGAAGCAGCUGACUGACGAGGAGGAGUGCUGUAUCUGCAUGGACGGGAAGGCUGACCUUAUCCUCCCGUGUUCUCACAGCUUCUGUCAGAAAUGCAUUGAUAAAUGGAGUGGGCAGAGCCGAAACUGUCCCAUGUGUCGCCUGCAAGUGACCGCUGCCAAUGAAUCAUGGGUAAUGUCUGAUUUCCCCACGGAGGACGACAUGGCUGGCUACAUCCUCAACUUGGCUGACGAGGCGGGCCACCCACACAGGCCUUAACACACAGCACACUGACGCACUUAGAUAACAAGGGGGAGUCAAACCACACCAAGUAGACUGUACAUGUUGUAACAUACAAUGUCACUUUCACUGAGGAAGGGAUUGGGUUUUGUUUUUCCAGAAAAGGCAGAAGAGGAAGCUGAGUUGCCAACUCCUUGAGCUCUUAGUGACACGUUUGGACAACCCUGUCUCUUUUAAAUCCUAAAACAACCCCAGGAUGAUCUUUGUAACACGAGUACUGUGGAUGUUAGGCUUUAUGGGUGAUGUGUGUGAUUGGCUGAAGUGAAGAUUCAGUGUUUUUGUGUGUGUUAAAACACAUAAUAACCUACUAAUUUAACACACAGAAUAACCAAAAGGCCAGGUUACCUUAUUGAAACAUGGGAGAAGAGGACCUGUGCUGGCACUUUAUUGUAGGAAUUCUGAUCCAAGUUAACGUUUCCUUUCAUAUCAAUAAGGAAAGGAAAGAAGAAGCUCAGGCAAGAUGACUGAUCUGAAGUCAGGGGUUAGCUCGACUAAGCACAAAGGAUAGAAGUUGUAAUCAGGGUAACAAACUCACGCUACCAGCACCUCUAAACCUCAUACAUAACACCAUUAAAUCCUGCAUGUUUGCCUGAACCAGAAACAUGCCAUGACCUCUGAGUUGGGACUCCGUUUUCUUCACAUCAAGUCUACCUAAAACACUUUUUCACACCUCCUUUAAACUGAUUUGAUUUAAGCUGUCUUUUCUUCGUUUAAGAGUUAAUUUAAGGAGUGUUCUUGUUCCCUUCAUCAAAGUAUGAAUCUUGCUGUUGGGAUGUCCCUAGUUAUCUUUUUUUUUUUUUUGUAAUUAGUAUUUUAUUGAUUUUUACAUAAGCCUCGUCACAUUUGGGUGAAAACAAAUCUCUCUCUUUUUUUUUUUUACAUGAAACACAAUAUAUAAAUGAAAUAAUAAUAAUAUGAAUAAACAGAUAGAUAAAAUUAACACAUUUAAAUAAUGAUACUUGAAACCAAACAAAACAGACAUGCACCAUGAUCUACUCCAAUUUAAUAUUCAAUUCAAUUCAAUUAGCUUUAUUGGCAUGAACAAAGACAUGUUGUUUCCAAAGCACAUAAGAUUUAUACACAUACAUUACAUAUUUUAUAAGCAUUAAAACAAUGGUGUCACCCAUACAGCAUAUCUCAAUGUCCUCAAUUGAUGCGGUAUGCUCAUAAAACCUUCACCUAAAAUCUAAUAUUAUGGGAUGGUGCUUCCCUCAGGCUGACAGGCAGACACAUAUUUAGCAGCCAGAGGAGCUGCUGACCCUUCCCCCAGGAGGACUGACAGUUUCUCUUCUGAGGUUAAUGUUGGGAAGUUUGGUACUACUUUAGUAAUUUCCCUGUAGUGGGAAUCUCGUGCAUCUCUGUCUCUAUGUCCCCUGUAGAGCAGUGAGCAUAUAGACGCUCCUCUCUUUGCAGCCAUGUCUGCCUGUGUCACCCUGUGGUGGUCACUCAGCCUGUAUUUGGUCAGGAUGCAUCUUUGUUUUGUAUCUCUGACACUGUGCAGAUAUUCAGAUCAUUUAUAAUCACGGUUUAGGGUCAAAUAACAAUUCAUUCUGCUUUGGGUCUUUGUUUGGUUUCUCCAGUGUUCUAAAUACAGAUCUAUGGAGUGCUUCAUGAUGAGUUUCAUUUGGUUGUGUUUUGGAUCAGUGCUGACUGGAGUCUGGCUGAUUAGCUUCCUCACCAGCUGACUAAGGGGACAGUUUUCAGGGUUCAGCUCUUGGGUUUUUUAGUGCUUUAUAUUGAAGUGAGUCUUUUGGGCUUAAAUUGAGAUGUGUCCAAAAUUUGAAUGCCCGUUUCUGAAUAUUUACCAGAAAUGGGAAACGUCCCAGUUCUGCUCGGCAGGCGUUAUUUGGAGUUUUUCUUUGAACAUGUAGAAUUCUUCUGUAGAAUUCAGUAUGGAGAGCUUCUAUUGGGUGUGUUAGCAGUUAGUUCAAGCUCUAUCCACAUUACCAAUAGUCUCCCCACUUUGCCACGUAUUUCUCCACCAUAUCCUGACAGCUGAAUGAAAUCUGUUCAUAUGAUGCUACACUUUUCCAGCUCAGUGAACCACUCAUGAAAAGAGGGCUCACUUGGGUUCCUCCAGUUUCUCAUUAUGAUUUGUUUUCCCAGCAUUAUACUGGUCUGAACAAAGUUCCCUAGUCUCUAGUUCUCUCCUGAGGAUAACUAAAGCCAACUGACUGAAUGAAUAAGCUUUUGAGGUGCUGGUAGAUAGAUGUUGUUAUUUUUGGAUGUGCUAGCUGUUACCCCCUGUUUCCAGUCUGUGUGCUAAGCUGAGCAAACCACCUGCAGACAGCAGCCUUAUGUUAAACAGGACAGUCACAUCCCAAAAUGUUAGAAUUCUGACAGUUUCUGAUCAAAUAGUAAACCAAUUUUUACUCCUCAACAGUAAAGCUGUUUCCUUCCUCUUUGGGGAGCGUGCCUGUGUUCCCACAUGUCUAAGAUGUUUAUCAAAAUUAGGCCCUAUAUUCCCACAUUUCCUUUUUCAUAAUUCUGUAUCAGAUUUUAUCCCCCCUUCUCCCAAUUUUGCCAGGUUGGCAUAGAGAGGGGGCGCUCCUGGGAUGCUUGGAGUCACUUUCCAGCCCUGUGGAGGCGUCAUAGGCUCAUGGAGGAAACGUUAAGGAAGGAGGAUGCCUAUCUGUGUCAUCAAGUCUAUCUUGUCCUGUGUUUUUGAAAUCAAUUGUCCCCUGGUAGUUGAGGGUUAAGAAAGCCACUCAAUCUGGUGAUUUGAAGGAGAGAGGUAGCUUCCAAACUCUUGAAGGGAAAUGUAGGAACACAAGACCUAAUUUUGAAAAUGUGGGAACAUAGGGAUGGCCCCCCCUCUGUGCACUCUGACCCUGCAUGUUUGUAUCCUACAUGACGCGCCUUUAAAGUCGUGUUAUACGAACAGGUGAUAAACUGACGCUCUAAAGCUGACACAGUGACUGAUAGAUGAAGGAUGUACAGGACUAGAUAGUUUUAUAUCAUUUAAAGUUAAAGUGGCUUGCUGUGGUGUCUUCUUCAUUGUUGGAAAUAACCACUAUUUUUCCAUCAUCUUUUUAUUUACGUGUAUAUUUUUAAUUUUAGCAGAACGUCACUGAUGUUCUCCUCUCAUUGCUGUAGACGUACUGUAGUUAACAUUCACAAAGAACACACGCUUGUCUGUGCUUUACUUUGCUUGUAAUGCCUGAAAUGAAAUGAUUGAAUGAGACAGGCAGCUUUCAUUUACAAAUAGACUAUUAUAAGAUUUAAAGCCACAGAAGUUUUAUUUUUAAUAUGUAUUUCAGACCUGGUUUACAGAUCACACUCAUCACAGGUAGCUCCUUUUAAAAGUUGUUAUUUGUGAUGGAUUCAAAAAGGGGCGGGAGAAAAGAGUUUAUUUAAGAGAUAUUUCCUACAUUACUGACACGAUGUAUUCUCUAAAGUUCUAACAUUUUGGAAAUGAUCAUGUUUUUGUUUUGCUCAUUCAGAAGGUUCAUGAGCUUCACAUCUGAUCAGUUAUAUAAGCCUUUUUAUUUUGGAAACUUCUCAUUUCCAGCAAAGUUAUUUUAUUAUGUUUAAUAACCAAUAAACCAUAAAAAUGUGAAACUUCAUUUGACCAAAAGAUGUUUUUUGGUUGUCAAUGCUGACAGAUUGCACUUUGAAUUCUACUGUAGCUUUCCUUGGUGUUUGUACUCUACAACAGCAGAUGAUUUUAUUUCUAUAUAACUCUAAUUCAUUUACAGCUGUUCAAAUAAAUAAGGAUACAAAUAAUUGUGCAAAAAGCCUGUCUUUGAUUAUUUUGAAAGGGUGAUUGGAGAAAGAGUCUGGUCUUGUGGCUGUGUGGCUCAUGCAUAAUUGAUCAGUGUUGUAAAAUGUUAAAAUUAAAAGUUAGGAAAAUGUUAAAUUUGGUUUUGAAGGCCCCUUUUCACGUGUACAGGUGCUGAAUGAAUGGGACUGUAUUUAAAAAGGAAUUGAUCCAUACUGUACCAUCCUUAAUAAACUUUUUGCACUUAAAA